AUGUCAGACUUUGUGGAUGAAGACGGAAGUAGCGACGGUCGUGCCACUGGUUUUCUUUGGCGCGGCUUUAUUUGGGGCCGCCGUGGUGGUGGAGGCAGUGGUGGAAGCGGUGCUGGAUGCGGCGGUGGUUGCGGCCAUGGUUGCGGUAGCGGUGGAUGCGGCGGCGGUUGCGGCGGCGGCUGUGGCGGCGGCGAUGGCGGUGUUAAAUCAACGUUACCAGACCUCGAUGUAGACUCCGCCAAAACAUCUGCCUCCACCUCCGCCUCAUCCGCCACCACUGCCGCCGCCACGGCCGCCACGGCCUCCAUAGCCACCACGGCCACCAUGGCCGCCACGACCACCGGGCUCGCCGUCUCCACCUGCAAAACCGCCGGCUCCACCGUUUCCACCGCUUUAAAUACUGCCGCCUCCACCGGGCUCGACGUCUUAAUCACCGCUGCCUCUUCGACCACCACGGCCGCCUCUGCCGCCGCCGUAAAUACUGCCGCUUCCACCGGACUCGUCGUCUAA